AGUCUUCCAGAGUGGAGUAAAGAAUGGCUCUUGAACAUCCACAAGGCACCUGCAAGGGACUGGUGUUAUUCAAGGAUGUGUCUAUAGACUUUUCUCAGGAGUGGGAAUGCCUGGAUUCUGAUCAGAGGGAUUUGUACAGAAAUGUGAUUUUGGAAAACUAUAACAACCUGGUCUCAGUUGACUGUGGAUCUAGGCCUGAAACCAAGAAAUUAUCUCUGAAGAAGGAAAUUUAUGAAAUAGAAUAACCCCAAUGGUUUAUACUGGGACAUCUUACAAAACAUGGACUUGAGUGUUCCUGUUACAGAGAUGAUUGGGAAUGUGAAAGAAAGACUGAGAAAAAACAAAGAUCUCAUGAAAAAAAAUUUAAUCAAGUUAUUUUCAACUAUGAAAAUGUACACACCUUCAGUCAGCACACAUCUUUUACUCUAUAUCAAAAACUUUAUAUUGAAGAGAAAGCCUGUGAAUGCAGGGACUAUGAGAAAGGUUUGGUGCAUGACUUUCAACUAACUGCACAUCAGAGAAUUGAUACUGGCAAGAAAUUCAGUAACUAUAAGGAAUAUGGGAAGGCCAUUAGUAGAGGUUCAGAACAUACUCAGCAUCAGAGCAUGCUUCCUGGUGAAACCUAUGAACAUAAGGAAUGUGGUGGGGCCUUAGACAGUGUACAACAUUAGAGCAUCCAUACUGAGGAGAAAAUCUAUGAGUGUAAAGAAUGUGGAAAAGCCUUUAGUACUGGUUCAAUAUUUAAAUCGCAUCAGAGAAUUCACACGUGAGAAACCCUGUCUAGCUAAAGAAGGUGGGAAGGUUUUUCAUCAUUCCUCAGACCCGUAUAUUCACCAGAGACUUCACAGCAGUGAGAAACCUUAUCAAUGUAAGUUAUGUGGAAAAGCCUUUAGUAGUAAAUCAGCCAUUAUUUUACAUCAGAGAAUUCACACUGGUGAGAAACCUUAUCUAUGUAAAGAAUGUGGUAAAGCUCUUCAUUAUUCCUCAGAUCUUAAAAGACAUCAAAGAAUCCAUACUGGUGAAAAACCCUAUGAAUGUAAGGAGUGUGGCAAGGCCUUUAAGAGUGCAUCAUAUUUUUUAAUACCUCAUAGAAUUCAAACUGAUGAGAAGCCCUAUGAAUGUAAAAAUUGUCCUAAGGCAUUUAGAAGUAGUUCAGCCCUUAAUCGACAUCAGAAAGUUCAUACUGGUGAAAAACCCUGGGUAUGUAAGGAUUGUGGAAAAGCCUUUUGUAGCAGUUCAAAACUUAUAGAACAUCAGAGAAUUCACACAGGUGAGAAGCCCUAUGUUUGUAUGGCAUGCGGAAAGACCUUUUGUAACAUUUCUAUACUUACAGAACAGAGAAUUCACACUGGUGAGAAACCAUGUGUGUGUAAAGAAUGUGGAAAGGCUUUUUAUCACCCUUCAGGCCUUAGCCAACAUUGGGGAAUUCAUAUAGAUGAGAAACCCUAUGAAUGCAAGGAAUGUGGGAAAACCUUUAGCAGUAGCUCAGCCGUUAUCCGGCAUCAGAGAAUUCAUACCGGUGAGAAACCCUUUGAAUGUAAGGAACGUAGAAAGGCCUUUCAUCGUUCCUCAGAUCUUUCUCAACAGAGAAUUCAUGGUGAGAAACUCUAUGAAUGCAAUGAAUGUGGGAAGGUUUUUGUACGUAGUUCAAAUCUUAAUCAACAUCAGAAAGGUCAUGCUGGUAAGAAACUGAAAGGUAUCUGUGGGGAAAGGCAUUCAAGUAUGGAUAUUUACCUAAUUUGAGAUAGGACUUCAUGCUGAUGAGAUAUCCCAUAAUUAAUACAAAGAGACUUUUAUUUGCUUUUCACAACCUAAAUGCAUAAGAAUACAGUAAAUGUCAGAAGACCAUCAACAGUUCAUUCCUUACUUAAUAUCAGAAUUUAUAACUGUGAAUGAGAAAAAUAAAAACUUAUUUUGUGCCAGAUCAACCCUAAACAACAGAGAACUUAUUAAGGAAUAACCGUGGGAUUUCAUUUUAUUUUUCCUAAUUUAAUUCUAAGGUAUUUUGUCCUAUGUAUAUUUACUGAUCAUUAAAAUUAAUUAUUUACCAGCCAAUAUUAAUUAAGUUAAUUUUUAGUUGUGCAUUACAGUUCUGAGUUGACUUCUUUUUCUCCAAGA